AUGAGGAUGUAUCCUUGGGGUCUUUGUGCGUAUGAUGAGCUGAUUGCAUCAAUAUUCAAAGCAAGGGAAGAUGUGCAUCUGAAGAACAGUUAUGUGUUGGAUGGAUUCUCAUAUGCGUUUCAGAUAUGGAUUAUGGAGGCAAUCCCAGACAUUGGUUCUAUGGUGGAUAAAAAGAUCAAAAACAACUUGACCAAAUUGAGAUGUAGGAAUUCGAAAGGAAGUGGAAAAGUAUCAUACCAAGAUAUCACCAUCCUAGAGUCCAACUUUCAUAAGGGAGAGCUGUUCCCGUUUAUAUCAUCUACUGGGAGCUUAGAGGCAAUUGAUAAUGCUGAGUUCUUUAGGGAAGACGAGAAGAAUGACGAAAGAGUCAGUCGCAUUGUUGCUCUGAUCAGUGCCAAACAAGACUGGAAGCAAUUCACUUGGAAAGUUGAGACUCUGCCUCCAAAUAUGGAGUUAUCUGACGCAGAAGAGGAUGUCGAAGUUGAAAAUGUCACAGAAACACAUGUGGAGGAACCGGCUGUUGUUGCAGAGGAACCGACUGUUGCUACAAAAAGGGGCAAGCGUAAGCUAAUUGAUCCUGGUGUCGAGUCUAGAAAGAAACAACUUCUUUGUCAACGGGUGGCUGAACAUAACAGUGGUGUCUCUGGUGAAAUGAAGACCUUCAUUGAAGGUUUGUUCACCUCUUCUUUCAAUUCUUUUAAGGAGCUGCUGCAGAAGGACAUACAAGAGCGUUUUGGCAAGGUCGACAAUGAGAUGGCUCAACUGAAGGAAACAGUGUCUCAGAUUACGGGUCCUGCAGAUGCAGUGGGACGAGACAGAGCAUCUGAGAUUUCCUGUCCUUCUGCAACACUUGGGAAAGACCAAGGCAAAUCAUCACAGAGUCCAGGUCCUUCAGGAGCAAAGGGAAAAGGCAAAGGCAAGGCAGCUGUGAGUGUGGAUCCUCCUCUGCUUCGUCGUAGCCCUCGGCCAGUAAGAAAGAAUUUUUCACAAUCAUCGAACUAUGUAGAUAAGGGGACGCAAGAGUCUUUACAAGACGCCAUGGGAAACCUUUCUCAAGCAUCACAUGUUAAAGGUUUUGAUCCCUCACGCAAAUUUAAGGACGAACAACCAGCAGAAUGGGUUACUCCACUUUCUUCAUUUAAGCCUCCGGAUUGGGGACCACCUACUCUCAAAGAUGAGGAAUUACUUGAGGACCAAGUGCAUGACAGUGAUCACUCACUAGUGUUUGUCCCUGAGGAUUCAUGGGCCAAACUGAUUGAGUGGUCCUCAACUUCCUAG